AUGUUAUUCAUCCAGGAUAUCUGGGAAUUGCUUUGCCUCGAUAAUUUCCAAUCGAAAGCUCAAGCUUUCUCUGAUUCUCUUUUUGAAACAAUCUCUGAAUCAAUGUCAAGCACGAGCUGUGGAACCUCCAAACUCGAUAUCUGCCGAGAUGACACGGCAGCACUCGCUCUCAAAUUCAUUGCUAUAGCUUCAAUUCUCUUCGGUGGCAUGGUUGGCAUUGCAAUACCGUUAAUUGGAAAGCACCGCCGCUUCCUCCGCACCGAUGGGAGUCUCUUUGUCGCUGCCAAGGCCUUUGCAGCAGGCGUGAUUUUAGCCACCGGUUUUGUUCACAUGCUCUCGGCUGCUUCCAAGGCUCUCUCGAAUCCUUGCGUACCCCUAUACCCGUGGAAGAAGUUCCCAUUUUCAGGGUUUUUUGCUAUGAUGGCUUCUCUGAUAACUCUUCUUCUUGAUUUUGUGGGGACCCAAUAUUAUGAGAGGAAACAGGGGUUGAAUAGGGCUAGCGAGGAGCAAGUUCGGGUCGGGUCGGUGGAUACGAGUUCGGUUCAUGAUUCAGGUAUCACGCCGAUUGCGGAGGUUAAAGAGUUGAAUGGGCCUAAUGGGAAGGUGUUUGGUGAAGAGGAGCAUGGUGGGAUGCACAUUGUGGGGAUGCAUGCGCACGCAGCACACCAUAGACAUAGCCACCCUCACGGGCAGGAUGCAUGUGAUGGGCUUGUCAGAGGUGGUGACCGCGGGUCUGGAUCCGGGCAUGGACAUGGACCCAGUCAUGGUCACGAGCAUGGCCAUGUUCAUGGGCUUGGAGAGGGUGAUGUGGAAAGUGGUGUGAGGCACGUUGUCGUUUCACAGAUAUUGGAACUUGGGAUUGUCUCACAUUCUGUCAUCAUUGGGUUAUCCCUAGGAGUUUCACAGAGUCCAUGUACCAUAAGGCCAUUAAUUGCUGCAUUAUCAUUUCACCAGUUCUUUGAAGGAUUCGCGCUUGGGGGCUGCAUAUCUCAGGCACAAUUUAAGACUCUCUCGACUACAAUAAUGGCAUGCUUUUUUGCCAUAACAACCCCUGCAGGAAUUGGCAUUGGAACAGCCAUUGCUUCAUUUUACAAUCCGAACAGCCCAGCAGCAUUAGUUGCUGAAGGCAUCUUAGAUUCUCUGUCAGCUGGAGUUCUGGUUUACAUGGCUUUAGUGGACCUAAUUGCUGCUGAUUUUCUUAGCAAGAGAAUGAGCUGUAAUUUUAGACUUCAAGUAGUGUCAUAUUGCAUGCUUUUCCUUGGGGCUGGAUUGAUGUCUUCCCUUGCAGUCUGGGCUUGA